AUGAAUAAUAUUGAAUCUUCUAAACUUUUAACGACAUUAAUUACAAAUUAUGCAUUAGAUGAUAAUACAGUAGAUACAAAUGUACCGUUUAUAUUAGAAGCUAUAACACAAUACCAGCUUUUAAGCAAUGUAGAAGAACAAAUGGUAUUACAUAAAUGGUGUACUCGAGUAAAUUCUUUGUUACAUUCUAAAGUUAUGAAAGCAAGAUGGGCAGGAAUUUGUUUUAUUAAAAUUUCCUUUGAACAAUCUGAAGAAAUAUUUUUACAAAACUUACAAAGUUGGACGACCACAUUAAUGAUUUUACUUACAAAACCAGAACCAACACUUGUUUUAAAAGAAAUAAUAACAACAUUAACGGAAUUAUUUAAUAAAACACAAAACAAACCAGAAUUACAGAGAGAAAUUACAACACAACAAUUACCAAGAUUCAAUACGUUUUUAAUAAAGUUAUCAGGAUUAAAUAAGAGACUAUUACCUACAAUAUUUAGUGCAUUAUCACUUUCAGUUAAAAAUUUCCCAUCAAUAUUUCGUCCUGUUAAUGAACCAUCUCAAAAAUUAUGUUUAAGUAUAUUAUUAGAUGGUACUCAUGAUUAUGAAUCAGAAUUAUCCAAAAUGGCUGUUAAAUGUUUUUCUUAUAUCAUUAAUUUUGGUGGUAAAAUGAAUAAUAAUACGCAUUAUUGGAAAUUAAAUUUACUUAAAGUUGUUGGAUCUUUGAAUAAUAUUUUGGAUAAAUUGUUUGAUACCAUCGAUGAAGAAAAGGACGCGUCAAAAAAACUGGCGGGAUUUGAGAUGCCUCAAGCAUCAGAAAAUUAUAUUAUCGCAUUUCCAAUGUUGUUCUCAAGAUUUCAUUGUUUAAGUGAAUGUUUAAUUUCUCUAAUAAGGUUACUUAGAGUGUCAACGUAUAAUUUAAUAGAUCUUUGUAUACAAAAAUACGGAAUCAGUUUAACCAAUCUUAUAUCCUCGACAUUAUUAUCCUUUAUAAUUGAUGAUAUAAAGAUCAUACAAAAAUCUCCGUAUGAUAUCUCAAUUAACGUUGAAACUACCGAUCAUACUAACAACAAGCAAAAGAAAUCAGGUAAGAAGAAAUCAUCAUCAUCACAAAUAACAAAUUCUGAUGUAUUUGUUAAUUCGAGUGGAUUAACAUGCUCGCAAACGAACGUAGACGUACAAUACGCUUCAUUAGAAGUUUUGAAGAGUUUAUUGAAAACAUGUGGAUCUUCAAUGCCAUCAAAUAUAAAGUCAUCGUUAGAUAAUAUCCUAUUACUAAGGAUUCUUUCACAAAACAAUACAAAUAGCUCAAACAACAGUGAAGACAAUGUAAAUAUGAAACUAUAUGAAUGUUUAUUACAUUCUGUAAUUUCUCCUUCGGAGUAUCAACCUACUGUAUUGCCAUAUGCUUUGAAAAUAUUUACUGCCGGUUUAAAUUCUCGAUCAAAUCAGUUACGAUCAUUUUGCUCUCAUGCAUUAUCAAUAUGUGACUUAAUAUUUCAUAGUCGUUUACCACCUCUUGAACGAUCCUCUCAAUCCUAUACAGAAACCGAAAGUGAAAAGGAGGACAAAGAAGACGAUAAUAAUAAGAUGAUGGUUAUAGAUCAAUCACCACAAAUAUCUUUUGAUAUUGUUACAACAGAAACAAGUUCAAAGAUAGUGGAAAGUAUGAUUAACAAGAUAAACGUUGAUGUUGAUAAAAAUGCGAAUAAGAAUUUUUUCGAUGAUAAUAGUAUAUUGGAAGUAGUCAAUAAAAGUGAUAAUAUGCUUAUAGGUAAUCGAAGUAACCGAAUUAAUAUUCAUGAACAAUCUACUUCCUCAGAAAUGAUAGAAAAUCAAAAGAAAAGAAUGCGUUCUCUUUCUCCUGUUGACAUAGAAAAAGAAAUAGCUAAGGAUCAUGAUAAUGUUUUUAAAUCUUUUAGAAUGUUUAAAGAAGAUGAUUCUGAUGAUAUGGAAAUACCUGAAAUUAUAAUGGAAGGACCUGAUUCUGAAUUUGAAGAUAAUGAAUAA